CGAAACAUUUCGCAUUUUUCAUUGAAAACAUGGGAGUAUUCGCUCUAUGAGGCGGGACAAGAGAAAGACGAUUCGUUAGUUCACAAUGUCGCCUUCUCGCUCACCGUACCGUUGUGUCGAGGUGAAGUUGGUUCACGAAUUCUCUUGGCCACGAUUUCACUGUUUUUCUGAGGUGAGGUGAAGGUGAAAAUGAACUAGCUACUUGUUAUAAGGAUCUAUUUACCAUCCAUUCUCUCCUCCAGCUCGUGCGUCUUCGCUCUACGCUCCAAACCAAGACGAUUCUGCCAGAAGGCAGUGUGUAUAGCCCGCACAACCAGGCAGCACCCACCACAGGCCUUGCAAGACUCUCUUCCAAUCCCACUUCUCACGGCCCAAACCUCACUACAAGCACACUUAGCUGACGCUACAGCGGCCUCUCGUCGUACAAACCCAGAACAUCCAUCUAUCGACAACAUGCCGUACGUCAUCCACGCCCCCGGCGUCGAAGUCCCUUACAUCCUCGACGACGAAGACGACAGGUACCUCACCUACUUCCGCAACUGGAGCUGGCCCGUCUCCGACCACCACGAGGCGAGAGAGCCCAUCGUCGCCGAGCUGAUCGCCCAGGGCAAGAAGAAGCAUCGCCGCCCCCUCCGCGACGUCUGGAGAGCCGAACUCGUGCGUCGCUACCGUGAGGAGAGCAAGCGCGUUGAGCGCGACAGGAAGCAGCGCAAGCGUGAGGAGAAGGAGAAGAAUAAGGCGUCGACGAUGCAGGAGUUCAAGGAGAAGUGCAAGAAGCUUGUGACGUUUGCAGAGAAGGAAGAGGUCAAGGAGGACAAGCCGGGGUAUCGGAAUGGGAUCUAUGUUAAUUGGAUGGUGGAUAUGCAGAGUGUGUGGGUGCCGGAGACGGAGCGGGAGCUGGAGGCGUCGUUGGAGUCCAAGGCUUGGUGAGUCGUACAGUGGAUGUGUUGAGCUUGUGGUUGGAGGCCUAACAAGAUGGCUGUGAGAGCUCAACGUCUUUUCACUCACCCCGCAGGGUCCGUUCGGUAAUGGGUGUGCAAUAUUGGAGAAACCGGUGAAGGCAUUUCAGGCCAUAUCGCCUAUACAUAAUUCAAGCUGAGAAGUCAAGCUCAGCUUCAAUAUAAUAACAAACAUACUCCGUACUCUGUACGGAGUACAAUCACACUCUAAUGUACCGUAACAGUGACACAGACGCAUGUUAAACGCCACCAAGCAACGCUAGGUAAUGCACAAUGCUUUUUUUAUGCGAGGCUGAAGAUGUGACCCCAAG